AUGAAUAUGUUGGAUGAUGAAGAUGACCAAAGCUUUCACGCUACGCGUGACGGCUACUCCCAUUUGAGCGAUGUCGAAUGGGAUGCGGUUGAACGAAUGGGUUCGACCAUGGGCAUCCAUGCUGUUAGCGUCAUGCUAGAGGCUCUCAAUAGAGAUGCCCAACAUGCUACUAUCGCCAAGUUCAUUCAAAAUGAACUUGACGCAGAACGCGAGAAAGUAGCCUUGCUUCACCAACAAGGUUCUCAACAAGCAGAGUUGUUGAGAGAACAAGGUGCUCAACAGUUUGAACUGUUGAGACAGCAGCAGGCUGCUGCUGGCGGGUCGAUGCACUCGCGUCGGCCCGAGACUUUGAAGAUUGACAUCUCAAAGUAUAGGGGGGUCGAAGAAGACUCCCUCUUGAGAUGGUUCGUCGAAUUGGAUGACGCCAUAAGGGCGCGUCGCAUCGACGACGGGGAUAUGCAAGUUGCAUUUGCCCAGUCAAAUCUGGCAGGACGUGCCAAGACUUGGGCACUGGGGCUCAAGCUGCACGACCCAUAUGCGUUUGGGUCGUUGGAAGUCUUCAAGUCGCGGCUCAGACAAACGUUUGAACCGCCUAGAGCUGAGUUCAGAGCUCGAACCGAACUCUUGAAGCUCAAGCAGGGUAAGCGUGAUGUGCACGCUUACGCUCAACAUAUACGACAUCUCACGAGUUGUAUAAGUUCCAAUCCGGUGGAUGAACACACGUUGGUUUCGGUGUUCAUGCAGGGUCUUGCGGAUGGUCCCGUCAAGACUCACCUGUUCCGGCUUGAACGAGAUUCACUAGAACAAGCCAUUUCAAUUGCGGAGCAGGAAGACUUCAGUCUGAGACAGGCUCGCGCCAGCUCGACAUCAUAUCGUCAACCGAGACGAUAUGACAACGGAGGUCCAGAGCCGAUGGAACUCUGUUAUGUAGAGAGCGAGAAGGCUCGCUCUACAGGCUACAAGAAGUUGCAGAGAUGCAACAGAUGUCAAAAGACAGGACACUACGCUUACGAGUGUAGUGCCCCUCGUCCAGUGUCUCGCGACACUGGGCGUAGUGACCGUCCACCCAUGAGAAAGGGGCAGGGACGAGGGUCCGCAGUUGGUGCAAAUACGCAACAACGGGAUGGACCGUCAAAAAACGGACAGGAUCAGUAG